AUUUUAGAAUACAGUGACAUAUAAUGAUGUGCAUAUUGACAUCACUCAUGAAGAAUGGGCAUUGUUGGAUCUGGAACAGAGGAAUCUCUACAAAGAUGUGAUGCUGGAGACCUAUAUGAACCUCACUGCUAUAGGCUACAACUGGGAAGAUCUUGAAGUUGAAGAACAUUGUCAAAGUUCUCAAAAACAUGGAAGGCAUGAAAGAAGUCAUUCUACAGAGAAAUCAUCUGAACAUACUCAGUGUGGUGAAGCCUUUGUAAAUCACAAUCAUCCUCCAAGGCAUGAAAGAACACAUACUGUAGAGCAACCCUAUGAAUACAAACAAUAUGGUAAAGCCUUUGCACAAGACAGUCAUCUUAAAAAGCAUGAAACAACACAUACUGUUAAAAAACAUUAUGGAUGUAAUCAAUGUGGUAAAGCCUUUGCUUAUCACAGUGCUCUCAAAUUGCAUGAAAGAACACAUACUGGAGAGAAACCAUAUGAAUGUAAUCAGUGUGGUAAAGCUUUUGCUUAUCAUAGUACUCUUCAAAGGCAUGAAAUAACACAUACUGGAGAGAAAUCCUAUGAAUGUAAUCAGUGUGGGAAAGCCUUUGCUCGUCACAAUAAUCUUCAAGGGCAUCAAAGAACACAUACUGGAGAGAAACCCUAUAAAUGUAAGCAAUGUGGGAAAGCCUUUGCUUAUCACAGUACGCUUCAAAGUCAUGAAAGAACACAUAUGGGAGAAAAAGCCUAUGAAUGUAAUCAGUGUAAGAAAGCCUUUUUUCUACACAGUCAUCUUCAAAGGCAUGAAAGAACACAUACUGGAGAGAAACCCUAUGAGUGUAAUUGGUGUGGUAAAGCCUUUGCUCAUAAGAGUACUCUUCAAUCGCAUGAAAGAACACAUACUGGAGAGAAACCCUAUGAAUUUAUACAGUGUGGUAAAGCCUUUGCACAGCCCGGUCAUCUUCAAGUAUAUAAAAAUACAUACUGAAGAGAAACCCUAUGAAUAUUAUCAAUGUGGUAAUGCCUAGUGAAAACACAGCAAACCUAUAACUGUAAAACUUUUAGUGUGUAAUUGGUCUUUAAUUGGUAAAGCCUUAGAAUAUAACAAUAGAUGCUGAAGAUCUGAAAAAAGCUAAUACCAAAGCAAAUCUGAAUAUAUGCGAAUUGGUAUGAUCUUCAGCCAACAUACUUAAAUUCAAUUCCACAAGAUUAAUUAUUUUGGAAAAAAAUUGAGAAUGUGUAAAUAAUCUGUUCAAGCAUUAUAAUAUCUCUUUUUAUUUUAUUUACACCUAUAAACUAAUAUGGACAAAAGACCUUUAAAUUAAAUGAUAAGGUAACCCUCUUAGAUUUCAUACUUCUUUUCAAAUACAUAAAAUAAUAAAUUCUGGUGUAAAAUUUUA